AUGGCUAUUAAUUUUAAACUUGAGACCGGUAUACAACUACUUACAAGGUUAUUGAAGAAACCGGGAAUAGAAAACUUUUAUCCAAUGUUAUUUGAGAAAGGGCCAAAACAGGGCGAUAUAAUUGAAUUAUUUAGUAACGCAGGUAAUUCUUGCCUACUUUUAGAUAUUAUUUGCGAAUUAUUACUGCCCGUGGAAUUAGGGGGUGUGGAGGGAAGUAUUUUAAUUUUUAAUACUGAUGGAAAUUUGGAUUUUAUGAUAAUAGUGGAAAGUUUGAAAAAAAAACUUUUAACCUCUAUUAAAAAAGGCGUAUGUGAAUCUAAGAUCGAUUACUAUGUAGAUAAUGCUUUACAGGUGGCCCUAAAAAAAAUGUUUUUUGUGGAAAUAUUUGAUGCCACUCAGUUUUCCAUUACAAUACAAAAUUUGGAAAGUGUGCUUUCAAAACAUUCCAGUAUAUCACUUGUAAUUUUUGAUACAUUAACAGCUUUUUACUGGUCAGAACAAAGUUACAAAAUUACAAAAAUGGAUUUGUAUAUAAAAAAUUUACUUAGAAUCAUACAAAAGGUCACAAAAGAUUAUAAAGUAACUGUAUUAUAUACAAGGCCUGAAUAUUUUUCGUCAACUAAGGAAGUUAUAGAAAACCUUGAGCCAUGCUUUGAAUUUCAAACUCUAGAACAAUUGAAUUAUAGAAUUCAUAUGAUGUAUGCUGGAGAUGCAACAUAUGAAGUGGUUGUAAGGACACAUGAAAAGCAAAUAAAAAGACAUUUUAUUGUAUGUGAUGGGUUUAUUACUUGGCUUUGA